UCUUGGAAAUCUUAGGCAUCCAUCGAAAGCCGUCAUGGACUAUGAUGUUAUCGCCAACCAGCCGGUAGUAAUUGACAAUGGUUCGGGUACCAUCAAAGCUGGCUUUGCUGGAGGCCAGUCUCCGAAGGUGCGUUUUGCCAACUUUGUCGGCAGACCAAAACAUACGCGCGUGAUGGCAGGAGCGCUGGAGGGCGAUAUGUUUAUAGGUCCAAAGGCAGAGGAAUAUCGAGGACUGCUUUCUCUCAAGUAUCCUAUGGAGCAUGGUAUAGUCACCGAUUGGAAUGAUAUGGAAAAAGUCUGGCAAUACAUCUACAGCCAAGAACAGAUGAAUAUUUUUCCAGAAGAACAUCCUGUUUUACUUACGGAAGCUCCGUUGAAUCCGAUGAAGCACAAAGAGAAGGCAGCUGAGAUAUUCUUUGAGUCAUUCAAUGUUCCUGCCCUUCACAUUCAGAUGCAGGCUGUUCUAUCCCUUUAUUCUUCAGGUCGCACUACGGGAGUAGUCCUUGAUUCUGGCGAUGGAGUUACUCACGUAGUUCCUAUCUAUGAAGGUUUCGCUGUAGACCAUGCUAUCGGAAGAAUGGAUGUAGCAGGAAGAGACGUCACUCGAUGGUUGCGAUUACUUCUGCGGAAGGAAGGCACCGAUCUUCACAGAACGAGCGAGUUUGAGAUUGUUCGUGAAAUAAAAGAGAAAGCUUGCUACCUGGCUACGAACGUGGUGAAAGAGGAAGCAAGUGAGAACGACAAGCUUAUAUAUCCUCUGCCUGAUGGCUCGCGUCUAGAAAUCGGUGCUAGCCGAUUUCGAGCUCCGGAGGUUUUAUUCCGACCCGAACUGAUUGGAGAAGAAUGGCCUGGUAUAGCUCAGCUCGUCAAUGAUUCUAUACGGAAAUGUGAUAUGGACGUACGGAAAACAUUAUACGGAAGCAUUAUACUUAGCGGAGGUUCUACGCUUUUCCAAGGUUUUGGCGAUCGUCUUUUAUCGGAGAUGAGGCGUCUUUCUCCUCAAGAUACGAAAGUAAGAAUUACUGCGCCACAGGAACGCUUGUAUUCCACAUGGAUAGGAGGCUCAAUUUUAGCGAGCUUGGACACAUUCCGAAAGUUGUGGGUUAGUAAGAAAGAAUACGAAGACGAAGGGAAGAAGAUCCUACACCGGAAAUUCUUUUGAUCUUCUUUGUUCUACGGGUCCAUCAAUAUUUCUGGGCCCAUUUGUUUAUCCUUUCAGUCAUCCUGUAAAUUAAUCCAAACUAUAGUGUGUUAGCCAUUUGCUUGAAGGAUUCAUGAUGGCUAUAUGGUUUUUCCGUUGUGCUAAGUUAUGUUACGGUGUUAUCCUUGUUGUGCACUACAGUUUAAGUUAUGCGCUGUGCUUUAUUCUUUGCUAUACCAUAUUUCUUAUAGCCAUCAAUUACCCACGCAUAUUCGCUCAUUCAUGUGCGUCUACUGUGCACUUCCUCCUUUGCUGAUGUGUUUUAUGAACACGCAAAUUUCCCAUCUCUUAUCAGUUGUUGAAGAUCUUGAUGACAUUAAUAUUCAAAAGGGUGUUUUAACUACAGAUGUGUCGAG